CAAUGUUACUAUCGUUACUAAGUCGCACUGUGAUAAACAUUUCUUUACCCUGUCCGUAAGAUUAGCUGCAUGAUUGUUCCUGUCAUAAAUCCGUCCAAACAACCAAGACUGGCCAUUAUUUGUUUACUCUCGUAUUUACAACUGAUUGCACAUCCAAGUGUUCCGAUCAUGUCAGCCGUGCCACAAGGAGCGUUUGCUGCUAGAAAAGUACGCAAGAAUGAGGAAAUGAUAAAAUCUGUUGCAGAUGCGAGUCCUGAGAAGUACAACGAGAAGUAUAUGAACAGCGUAUGGGGGAUGUACAAUAAGUAUUCUGUGCAUAAUUUGAAGAGGAACUAUGACAAUAAAGUUAACGGGGAGCAGAAGAAUUUCAUCGGGAAAAAUCAAGUAAAUCGUUCUACCUCCCCGAUAAGUGCUUGGGGACUAUUUGGCUAUAUGUGAUUUGUUAUAUUUUUUAAUGAAGUCCCCUACUUGUAGACAAUAAAUAAAAAUGAUUUCAUUUAAAAA